AUGUACGAAGGGAUUGACAACCUGAAAUCCCUUUACGACCGUGCCGGGAAGACUUUCUCCGGCGGUCCUUCUGCGGCACAGGAUGUGCCGCGUCGUACUGCUCAACCAGACCCAGUACGUCGAUCAUCAGUUGGGAGCGGGGCUCCCAAGAAUCCCAGGACGGGGGAUAGCCGCGCCACCGGACGAGAUAACUCGUCCGACGUCCGUUCACGUCGCGGUGGUUCAACAGCUGCUCAACUAGAUAGCGCUGGCCACCGCGAGAGUCCUCUAAUGGAGGUGGAGGAGGAGGAAAGACGCUCUCCACACGAUCGUGGGGAUCCGUGUGUUCCCGAGAGCUUCUUUGAUCGCGUAACGCAAGGGUUACGCGGCGAUCUCGAACAUGAGCGGGACAGGCGUCUCCAAAUGGCGGACACUGUCUUGAAGCAUCGAGCUGAGUUUGCCUUUGCUCAGCUUGAGAACGAGAGAGCUCUGACAUCUCUUCGUGACGAGCUAAGGGUAGCUCGUGGGAUUGUUGAUCGGUCUCGGGAUGAGAUAACUGCUCUUCAGACCCUUGUCGAUGCCCACCAUCGGGAGCACAAGGCUCUCUGCGAGAUGCUUGAGCGCAAGGGCGUUCUUCAUCGGAAGAAGCAGCGUACUGAUGGUACGGCUUAA